AUGGCCUCCAAACAAUAUGACGCGUCGAAACUCGUAGCAUAUGGCAGUGCUGCUGCUGGCCACGACGGCGUGCUCAGCGACCCAUCCGGCGGCGUAGUAGUAAAACCAUGCACCCUCGCUGAAAUUGACUUCUACGAAUCCCUCGCCGACCACCCAGACCUCGCGCGCCAUCUCCCCACCUUCAUGGGCCAGCUCUCCCUCUCAGCCGACCAGACCGCCGCUACCGAGUCCGUCGAAAGCGGCACCAUACAAACGGCCGAUGGUACAAUCGAGCGCCUGCAUGGCAAGAAGCUCGCGACCGAUCUUCACAUAGUACUAGAGAACAUUACACACGGCUUCAAGAAGCCGAAUGUUCUGGAUCUGAAGCUUGGCGCGCAGUUGUGGGACGAGGCUGCGAAGCCGGAAAAGAGAGCGCGGCUAGAUGCUGUGAGCAAAGAGACUACAAGCGGCAGCCUGGGUUUCCGGAUAGCAGGCAUGCGCACAUACAAGGGAGCUGAGGUACCUGAGGUUCCGGAAGAUCUCAAGGAGUAUGUUGAGACGGAUAACGAGGGCGGCUAUUGGGUGUACAACAAGAUGUAUGGACGCAAGUUUAGCGCCGAAGGUGUUAGUGAGGGCUUCACAGACUACAUCUUUCCCGGCGCCAAGUCAGAAGCGGAGCUUGACCGGGCGAGGGAGGUGCUCGCUUACUUUUUGGGUGAGGUCAAGGACAUUCAAGAGGUCUUCGAAAGCAAAGAGAGCAGGAUGUACAGCGCAAGCAUACUAUUGGUUUAUGAGGGUGAUGUAGAAGAGUAUGCGAACACCAAGCAGAAGCUACGUUCCGCGCAUCCCGAAGACGAGGAUGAGGAUGACGAGGAGACUGUGCCUAAGCUAGCCGAAGUCAAGAUGAUUGACUUUGCACAUGCGACGUGGACACCAGGGCAAGGGCCGGACGAGAACGCGCUGCAGGGUAUGAGGAGCACGGCAAAGAUAUUGAAGGAGUUGUUAGACAAGGCGCAACACGACUAG